AUGGCUUCUACCACCCCCCAGAACCAAACCACACAUAAGGGUGGUUAUUCUACCCCACCUAAUGUUUCCACUGCCAUUGAUGGUCACUGCGGAGCCGCUGUUUUCCAACAGCCGUCUCCAUGCAGCCCAUCACCCAAGCAUGUUGCCUUCGAGCUUCUCUUAGAUGAGAACUCGAAGGUUCGAGCACGAAUCCCCAUGCGAGUCCAGAUAUUUCCUCAUGAUACCACUGAUUCGAUCGUCACUACGGUCAAAAAUUUUUACGGCAUCUACGAAGGUGCAGCAAGCGGUGUGAGCUUCGAGGAUGAAAAUGGCAACACGCUCAUCGCACGCUAUGAGAAUCUACGGAACAACAUGACGGUAUAUGUCAGAGUCAUCCCUUGCCAUAGUUAUUCCGAUAAUUAUAGUACACCGGCAUAUUAUGGUCAUAUGAACAAUUGUCGGCGACCUAAUCUUGGUGAGCCGUUUCAACCUCAGUUGCAGCAGCCUGCUCAGGCUCUCGAUUAUGGCCAAUCGCCUUCCCGACCACCCUCGAGAAUUGCCAGGAAACGAAGUAUUUCCCCUGCUGGUCGAGGUCGCCGCAGUGUUUCUGCUCAAAAGGCUUCUUCUCGCUCUGGAAACAAGAGCCGUGGGUCAAGCAGCCAUGGCAGUUUUCAUGACGACGCUGUAGUCCCUUACAGCGAUAACGAUGACGAUCACGGAUCCAUGACAGGAUCAAAGAAAGCUAGAAGCGAACAAUUUGCUAGCUCUGAGAUCAGCAUGGAUAAUAUACUGCAAGAUGGCAGAAGAAAACGUCCUAAGUUUGAGAGUUCGGAACUACCUCUGUUUGUGCCUCCUCAGGUUCCUUUGACCACCUCAACAUCGUCGAUAUCUCCGCAACGACGAUCAACCAUACAGGAGGCCCCUUCCCCUUUCGCAAGACCCGCCCAACGUCCCUACCAAGCACAACAGCCCAUUCCCUCCCCCCAAAGUUAUGGACGUCAUGACACACCCUACGGGUAUAGCACACCUAUAAGCAGCGCAUAUGCUACGCCCGGUAAUGCUCAGCAUAGCCAUAGACUCCGCGAUCGCACAAGCACACAGUCUGUUGGCGGAUUCGGAAACUUUGCCUGUCGCUCCAAUAGUCAUGGCAUACUCCCGACUCCAGAUCCGACAAUUGCGAGCUGCAUCUCUGACGAAGAUGUUGCUAUGCAGUUGAUUCGACUUGGAGACGUCUCCAACUUUUCUCAUGGGCGUAUGUCUGCCUCUACUAUUGACGACGCAUUCAGUGGUGCUGCUGAUGCUUCGUCAUCGACAGGAGCCACUACAGAUGCAGAGGCCAGCGAAGAUGAUGAUGACCUUCCUCCACGCUCGAGGCACAAAUUGGAUUCCAGCCCUAUACUCCCUCCAGGAUUCAUCAGGAAGCACCACAAAAACUUAGAUGAAAUCCUCCCCAGCUGCGACAGCAGCGACCCAAGCAGCGAUGACUUCGACGCUGAAUAUCAGAAACCUAAGCAUGAAGCCACUAUCAAAAGCGAACAUGAUGGCGACGCGACUUACGAGGACUCUGCCCCUAAGGCCAAGCGUCCGAAGACCAAGGCAUCAAACUCGACAGCCCCUAAGGCAUCAAAUACCAAAGCAAGCUCGUCGUCCAAAACCACUAAGCCUAAAAAUCGCCCCGCCACAACUGUCCGCAAAAACAAGACCCUGGCAAACAACAGCAACAGCAACAGUAACCAAGGACUUGCAGUUCCGACCGCGCUUCCUCCCAUGGCCAACCCUUCCUCAUCACGUAAAAUGUCAACCUCUGCAGUAAACUUCCAGCACCAACUUGGCGCCGAUGAAGAGGACUUGUCCACCAAGCCUCGUUGCCAGCGAUGCCGCAAAAGCAAGAAGGGUUGCGAUCGCCAACGUCCUUGCCAAAGAUGCAAAGAUGCUGGUAUUGGCAUUGAAGGUUGUAUUAGCGAGGAUGAGGGCAAUGGCCGUAAGGGCAGAUAUGGUCGCCAUAUGGGAGUUCCAGUAAAGAAGAAUGAGGCUGCUGCAGCUACUGCUGUUGCUCCCCCUGGCGGUUACACUGCCGCUCCCCCCUUGGGGACUGAAGGGCUCCAGCCUCCUGCCCCACCAACCCUGGCAGCUUCUACGGCGUCUUCCAGCGUCUCUGAUAAAAACAAGAAAAGAAAGAAAACGGGAUAG